GUCACGUGACGCGAGGACGUAAUUACAGCUUUUCAUCUAAUGGGAACUGGCCAGUACUGGGCCAAGACUCCCUCCCUAGGACUAGGCGUGAUCGUCAUCAUUAUCCCUGCAUUACGGAGCCGUUUCUGUAGUUGUGAUCGUUUUGUUGUGGAGCUAUCUAGCUCUCCGUGCCUCUCGGGGGCACCAUUGUUCCCGAUGAGCCAUGGCUGCCGUUUACUUACGAUUGGCACUUUGGGCUCUGGCAGUGCCCACAGCUUUGCUUCUCAGCACUCCUGCUGCCGCUGCGCAGAGUGGUGAAAGGCUGUGUGCGUUUAAGGACAAUCAAUGGUCUAACGAGCAUGGAAUUGGUGAGAACCAGAUCUCAAGGGAGAACGGAACUGUUCUAUGCCUUAAUGGUGCUACCUGCUAUGGCCUAUGGGAGAAGAGGGAAAGUGAAAUUCAUGUAGUGAAGCAAGGAUGUUGGUCCCACCAAAGUGAACUUCAGUGCCAUGAUGAGAGGUGUAUAGUGACAAAUCCGACUGCACCAAACCAAAAUAGUAGUUAUCGUUUCUGCUGCUGUUUUACAGACCUGUGUAAUAUCAACUUCACUGAAAAUUUCCCACCAUUUAAUCCUACAGAAACUACAUUUGGUCCACGUGAUUUCCUCUUCAAAGAAGAGACCGUUGUCAUUGCUCUGGCUUCAGUGUCUGUGUUUGCAGUCCUUGUGGUAGCACUUUACUUUGGAUACAGGAUGCUUACAGGAAACCGAAAACAGGGCCUGCACAGUAUGAACAUGAUCGAGGCCGCAGUGUCUGAGCCAUACUUGGAUCUGGAUAGUCUUAAACUCCUGGAGCUUAUUGGACGAGGCCGAUAUGGGGCAGUUUAUAAAGGGUCAUUGGAUGAGCGCUCUGUGGCUGUUAAGGUCUUUUCAUCUGCAAAUCGCCAGAUGUUUAUUAAUGAAAGAAACAUCUACCGUCUUCCCCUGAUGGAGCACGAUAACAUUGCUCGCUUUAUUGUAUCAGAUGAGAGGUGUAUAGCAGAGGGCCGGAUGGAGUAUCUUCUUGUCAUGGAAUACUACCCACAUGGAUCCCUUUGUAAAUUCUUGGGCCUCUUCACCAGCGACUGGGUCAGUUCCUGCAGACUCGCCCAUUCUGUGACUCGUGGGUUGGCAUAUCUUCACACUGAAUUACUGGGAUCAGAUCAGUACAAGCCUGCAAUUUCUCACAGAGACCUCAACAGUCGGAAUGUCUUAGUAAAGAAUGAUGGGACAUGUGUUAUCAGCGAUUUUGGAUUGUCCAUGAAACUAACUGGCAACAGGCUUGUUCGAGCAGGAGAAGAGGAUAAUGCAGCCAUCAGUGAGGUUGGUACAGUCCGCUAUAUGGCACCUGAGGUACUUGAGGGAGCUGUGAAUCUGCGAGACUGUGAGUCAGCCCUGAAACAGGUGGAUAUGUAUGCUUUGGGCCUCAUCUACUGGGAGGUAUUUAUGAGAUGUACAGACCUAUUCCCAGGAGAGGCUGUUCCAGACUAUCAGAUGGCAUUUCAGGCAGAAGUUGGAAACCAUCCCUCAUUUGAAGACAUGCAGGUUUUAGUUUCUAGAGAGAAACAGCGUCCCAAAUUUCCUGAAGCUUGGAAGGAGAACAGCCUGGCCGUCAGGUCACUGAAAGAGACAAUCGAAGACUGCUGGGACCAGGAUGCAGAAGCCCGCCUCACAGCCCAGUGUGCAGAAGAACGAAUGGCCGAGUUAAUGCUAAUAUGGGAUAGAAACAAGUCAGUCAGCCCAACACUGAAUCCUAUGUCAACUGCUGUGCAGAAUGAAAGAAAUCUAUCACACAGCCGCCGUGUUCCUAAGACUGGGCCAUAUACUGACUAUUCAUCUUCUUCCUACAUUGAAGAUUCUAUACAUCACACUGAUGGAAUUGUCAAGAAUAUAGCAUCUGAGUAUUCUACUUCUGGAACACCAUCAACCACAGGUGAAAAGAAUCGGAACUCUAUCAACUAUGAGCGUCAGCAAGCCCAGGCUCGGAUUCCAAGCCCAGAGACCAGCGUUACUAGUUUAUCAACUAACACUACCACCACCAAUACCACAGGCCUUACCCCUAGUACAGGCAUGACAACAAUCUCUGAACUGACUUACUCUGAGUCGACUUCCCAUGGCACCAAUGUACCACAGCCCAUGGGUCCCACUCCGGUCUGCUUGCAACUUACAGAGGAAGACCUGGAGACAAACAAGUUGGAUCCUAAAGAGGUAGACAAGAACUUAAAGGAAAGCUCAGAUGAAAACCUAAUGGAGCAUUCCCUAAAGCAGUUCAGUGGGCCUGACCCUCUAACUAGUAGCAACUCCAGCUUGCUCUACCCCUUAAUUAAGUUAGCUGUUGAAGUUACAGGACAACAAGACUUUCCACAGCCCAGUGCCAGCCAGUCCUCAUUACUUCCUGAUAUCCCACCUGUUCAGAUGUACCCCCUCCCCAAACAGCAGAAUCUUCCCAAGCGACCUACUAGCUUGCCAUUAAAUACCAAAAAUUCUACCAAGGAGUCACGGCUAAAAUUUGGCAGCAAACACAAGUCCAAUUUAAAACAGGUAGAGACAGGGGUUGCAAAGAUGAAUGCAAUUAAUGCUGCUGAGCCCCAGGUUGUUACUGUCACCAUGAAUGGGAUUGUGGGACGGGGACACAGUGGAAAUCCACACAUUGCAACCAUGCAGUAUUCCAAUGGUGUUGUGCCAUCUGGCCAGUCAGCUCCACAGUGCAGCCACAGAAGCCAGGAGAUGCUACAAAGCCAGUUCAGUGGGGAGGACAGCAGGUUAAAUAUUAACUCUAGUCCUGAUGAGCAUGAGCCUCUCUUAAGGCGAGAACAGCAGGCUGGCCACGAUGAUGGCAUCAUGGAGCGGCUAGUGGACAGGAGAGACCGCUCACUGGACAGUGGACGAACAAAUUCCAAUAAUAACAACAGUAAUCCAUGCCCAGUGGAAGAUCUUGCCAUUGCCAGCAUCACUAGUGCAGAGUGUAAUCUCCGGCAUACCCCAGGGAGGAGACCGGAAAGGCCAAAUUCUCUGGACCUGUCAUCUUCAUCUAAUACUUUGGAUAGUUGCAUUGAGCUGUGUGAAUCUGCACAAGAUGGAAAGCAGGGCUCUGGGGAAAAGAUCAAGAAGCGUGUAAAGACCCCAUAUUCUCUCAAAAGAUGGCGACCAUCAACAUGGGUCAUAUCUACUGAACCACUGGACUGUGAAGUAAACAACAAUGGGGCAGGACGUUCUAAAUCUAGCACCGCUGUUUAUCUGGUAGAUGGAGGCACAGCAACGGCAAUGGUGCCUCAGGAUUCAGGAAUGAACUGCUUAUAAAUUAUUUUUAAAGACAUUGAAAAAAAUAAACCUAAACAGCUUUACCCUUCCAUUGGUUCACCCUUCUUCAAGGACUUGCUUUAAAUAGAUAUCAGCUAUGCAGACUUUUUUUUUUUUAGCUUGAAAUGCUUCCAUAUUUUGUUUGAAAUCUGUUGCACUUUUUAUUUAGGUAUCUGUAUGGCAUCGUUAAGUCUGUCUGUUCUGACCACCUAAUCAUAUAAAAAAAUGGUCUUAAAGCAUUUGCAAAUGCUGAAUUGAUAAUCAUUUGGACCAGAUAAAAAGGUCAAAAAUGUGGUCUUUAAGACAGGGUUGAUGACAGUAAUGUGUUUGCAUUUACAUUUUAAUUUCCAUGCACAAGCCUGACUUGUAUGUUUAUGCGUUAACAGGCAUAUUAUUUUCUGUAUCCUUUUUAUUAUCUUGGUAUGUGCAAUAGGCUGUAGCUUUGCAGUGCUUUCAGUUAAGUCAUGUUUAACUUGUUUAUGCAUAUUUUGUUAACAAUCAGUGCAGCCCUUAAGUCAGUAGUAAUGUUAAGCAUGUGUAAAAGGUGACAGCCUGCUUAUUUUUUUUUUUUUUUUCCUUUUUUGGAAUUGCGGCCAGUGCAACAUUCCCUUUGUUUUUCAGAAGGGUUUAGAAAAGAUGCAGAAGACUUGCUGCCAUUCCCUUUUUGUCAUUGAAAUCAUUUAUAUCAUUGAAGUGAAUAUUAACCUGGCUAUUUUUUUCUUUUAAUUACUGAUUAUAACUGAGGUUUGUGCUUGUAUAUGGUCUGCUGACAGUUCUAUCUGUACUGCUCUGUUAAUGUUUGUUAUAAAUCCUUGUGUUGUGAAUGCAGUUAAGCUGUUCCUUUUAAUGUCUGAACAGUAAAUCAUACAUAGCACUGACCUUUAAAAAUCACAGCAGAAGGUCAAAAAGAGGAGCACUUUAUUGUUCAGAAUACAAGGUCUUUGGAUACUAGAUCCGUAAAGAGUUAGGGAUAAGAGUAUUUUUGUAUAGGCUUAGUUGAUUUAUUUAAUAAUAUAUGUACACAAAAACAAGUCUUAACUUUAUGAAGAUAAUCAGUAAGUCUUGGAGGAGCUAGCCAGAAUUUGAGGAGAGGAAUCAAAACUAUAUGCCUAAAUCAUAUACAGUAAACUCUCAGUUAACUGGCAACCGUGAGGAUUGGUAGAUGCCGGAUAACUGUAGUUUCUGGUUGCUUGAGAGUUACUAUUAAAAAUAGGCGUGACUAAUACUCUACCCUAUAUUAUAUGUUUGGUUUGACUUGAUAGUUUGGGGAGAGAGGGAAUUUAUUCCUGUCUUCCUUUUUAAAACUCUAAAAAUGUAAGGUAUGUUUC